AGAUAAAGGAAGAUGAUUUACGGCUGACGCUCCCGCAUUCAGAGGAUACGAAGGUCAAGAAUGUCUGACUGGUUUAUAGGUGGAACUUUGGCCAUUUGCUUCAGAUCCAAAACAUUGAGCUGACAGCAAAAGGAGACACCAUGUUCAGGUUUUCUGUAGUAGUCUGUGUUUCCCUGAUAUUUGGCAUCACAGCAAAGCCACAUAAACCAUGGUAUAAACUUACAGAUGCAGCAUUCCAGGAUACUGUUAUGUCCAUAGAUGACGAAGGAAAGAUGUCCUGGGGAGUGGAAGUGGAAGUGGAACCUCCAGAGGUCCUGGACGAGACCCACUAUGAGAUGGACCCUAGCAUGAUGAUUUGGAAGAGUAUGGCGGGCAAUGGACAGGUAAAGCUGCCACUGAAGGCCGAAGCAGCCGUGGAUGAGCUGUACCAUCCUUCAAUGGCUGAACUCCUCCAGGACCAAAUCAAUAACGUAGGCGUCCUCCCUGCUGCCGACAUCCAGGCAGAGCCCGCGCAGGAAGAUGCCAGCAUGAAGGAACCUGAGCAGGACUGGGAUGAAGUCUACCACAAAGCAAGGGAGGAGCUGGAAGUUUACCUGGCCCCACUGACGGAUGAGUACCAAGCCGGUGCGGAGGUCCGCGUUGCACAGGCCGAGCCAGAGGAGGACGAGGAUGACCUGUAUCACCGUGACAACCAGCGCUCACCUGUGCAGAUGGAGCUGCUGACACGUGAGGUCAGGGGAGGGAGUGAGGUCAUAGUUCACCUUCAACCCGAGGAGGACAUGGAUGACCUGUACCACAAAGACCUCCUUCAGCCCAUACUUUACCAGGAUGCUGAUGAACCUGUUGCGCCAGUCGAUGUGUCGUCUCAGAGGAGGUACAGCGAACCAGAGGAAGAUCUGGAUGAUCUCUACCACCAGUGAUCCUUCAACAACCACAUACACUGUGUAGACCCCCAUCAUGAUCUUAUCACAGAUAAGUAAGAUACUGUAUCUGCAACAGGUAAAUAAAUCACAAGCUUGACUUAUGAAUCCAUGAAACUGUCUUAAUACCUAAAUAAGAAUGAUCACAUUUGCAUCUGCUUAUCUGACUUGUGUGUUGGUGAUAAAGACACUUUAAAACGUGA